AUAAAGUCCGAGAAAAAGAAGGUUUCUUUACAGGUGGAGAGCCGCUCGAUUUUUUUUUUCCUAUUUCGGCUAAAAUCGCUAUCAAUCUUUCUCUAACCUCCCACGCGCCACCGCAACCGCCUCGUCGGUGACUCGGUUGACGGCUGUUCUCUCGUUUUCUGUCUCGGAAUCGGUUAUUGCAGAGGGGAUUUCUGUUGAAUCGAUUUGAUUGGAAUUGUUAUGGCUGCUCUACCUGCAAGAGCUAGGGCGGAUUAUGAUUAUCUCAUAAAGCUUCUAUUAAUCGGCGAUAGCGGAGUUGGUAAGAGUUGCCUUCUCUUACGUUUCUCAGAUGGUUCCUUCACCACUAGUUUUAUUACUACCAUUGGUAUUGAUUUUAAAAUCAGAACCAUUGAGCUUGAUGGAAAACGGAUCAAGCUCCAAAUUUGGGACACCGCUGGUCAGGAGCGGUUCCGUACAAUCACCACAGCGUACUACCGCGGUGCCAUGGGCAUUUUGCUGGUCUACGAUGUAACAGAUGAAUCAUCUUUCAACAAUAUUCGAAAUUGGAUUCGUAAUAUUGAACAACAUGCUUCUGAUAAUGUCAACAAGAUACUGGUAGGAAACAAGGCCGACAUGGACGAAAGCAAAAGGGCUGUGCCUACAUCCAAAGGACAAGCGCUUGCUGAUGAGUAUGGGAUCAAAUUCUUUGAAACUAGUGCGAAGACAAAUCUUAAUGUGGAAGAAGUUUUCUUUUCAAUAGGAAGGGAUAUUAAGCAACGUCUCUCUGAUACCGAUUCAAAGUCUGAGCCUUCGACGAUCAAGAUCAAUCAAGACCAGGGAGCCAAUGCUGGUCAGGCUGCACAAAAAUCAUCCUGCUGUGGUUCUUAAGAUGGUCAAACCCUUUGAAGUAGUCAUAUAUUGAAGUUGUCAUACUUCAUUGAUGGGCGCAUCUAUUAGCUAUUUUGUGAUUCUUUUGAACUUCAUUUAGUGUGUAAUAGAUAGAUAGGUACUUUUCAUGUUUAGAAUUUCAUUUGUGAUAAUGUCUAUAUUAUAAAGAGAUUUAUUUGUUUCCUUUUCAUUUUGGCUUUUUUCAGAAACAAUGUUAUCCCAAUUAUUUGUUUGCCACCGGAUGGUUUGUAUAUAUUCAACUAUUUUGACUUUUAA